AGCGCCCCGCCGCGGGCAGGGCGGGCCGCCGGCCGGGGGAGGGCGACGGGGGCCGGGCCCGCGGCUGACGCAGUGCGGGGCCCGCAGCCCGGAGCGCCCAGGAGGACGUGGAGCCUCAGUGCCCCCGGCGGAGGGGGCAGGGCACCCGGACACCGCAGCCGCGGGCGGGCUGCCGACUCCGCCACCGCCGCGCUCGCUAGUCCAGCGCGCCGGGUCCCCGCCCCAGAUCCCGGCGCGGGGGGGCGGGGGGGCGGUGAGAGGGGAAAAAGGGGCGGCGCCCGCCGGCGGGUGUCGCCACCUCCGCAGCGCGCGCCCGCCCCAGCGCCGCCGCCACCUAUCCAUUCAGUCGCCUAACAUGGCUGGAGCGCGGCGGAGGUGAGCCGGCCGCCCCCUGCCGCUCUCGCCUCCUGCGCCCCUGCGCCGCGGCUCGGGCGGCGCCUCAGCUCUGCGGUGCGGAGGCCCAGCGGCUCGGCUGUCGCCCGCCCCCAGCAUGUGGGGCGCCCCGGACGAGAGUUCGGUGCGGGUGGCUGUCAGAAUAAGACCACAACUUGCCAAAGAAAAGAUUGAAGGAUGCCAUAUUUGUACAUCUGUCACACCAGGAGAACCUCAGGUCUUCCUAGGGAAAGACAAAGCUUUCACGUUUGAUUAUGUGUUUGACAUUGACUCCCAGCAAGAACAGAUCUACAUGCAAUGCAUAGAAAAACUAAUUGAAGGUUGUUUUGAAGGCUACAAUGCAACCGUUUUUGCUUAUGGACAAACUGGAGCUGGCAAAACGUACACAAUGGGAACAGGAUUUGAUGUUAACAUCAUCGAGGAAGAACAAGGUAUUAUUUCUCGUGCUGUUAAACACCUUUUCAAGAGUAUUGAAGAAAAAAAGCACGCUGCGAUGAAAAAUGGGCUUCCUCCUCCAGAUUUUAAAGUGAAUGCACAGUUCCUAGAGCUGUAUAAUGAAGAGGUCCUUGACUUAUUCGAUACCACACGUGAUAUUGAUGCAAAAAAUAAAAAGUCGAAUAUAAGAAUUCAUGAAGAUUCAACCGGAGGAAUUUAUACUGUGGGCGUCACAACACGUACUGUGAAUACAGAAUCAGAGAUGAUGCAGUGUUUGAAGCUGGGUGCUUUAUCCCGAACCACUGCUAGUACCCAGAUGAACGUUCAGAGCUCUCGCUCACAUGCCAUUUUUACCAUUCACUUGUGUCAAACCAGAAUGUGUCCCCAACUAGAUGCUGAAAAUGCUACUGAUAACAAGGUGAUUUCUGAGUCAUCACAGAUGAAUGAAUUUGAAACCCUGACUGCGAAGUUCCAUUUUGUUGAUCUGGCAGGAUCAGAAAGGCUGAAGCGUACUGGAGCCACCGGCGAGAGGGCAAAGGAAGGCAUUUCCAUCAACUGCGGACUUCUGGCACUGGGCAACGUAAUAAGUGCUUUGGGAGACAGGAGCAAGAGGGCCACCCAUGUCCCCUACAGGGACUCGAAGCUGACGAGACUACUGCAGGACUCCCUGGGGGGCAAUAGCCAAACUAUCAUGAUAGCCUGUGUCAGCCCUUCAGACAGAGAUUUUAUGGAAACUUUAAAUACCCUGAAAUAUGCCAAUAGAGCAAGAAAUAUCAAGAACAAGGUGAUGGUCAAUCAGGACAGAGCUAGUCAGCAGAUCAAUGCACUCCGCAGUGAGAUCACGCGACUUCAGAUGGAGCUCAUGGAGUACAAAACGGGUAAAAGAAUAAUUGAUGAAGAGGGUGUAGAAAGCAUCAAUGACAUGUUUCAUGAGAAUGCUAUGCUACAGACUGAAAAUAAUAAUCUGCGUGUAAGAAUUAAAGCCAUGCAAGAGACAGUUGAUGCUUUGAGGACCAGAAUCACGCAGCUUGUUAGUGAUCAGGCCAACCAAGUUCUUGCCAGAGCAGGGGAAGGAAAUGAGGAGAUUAGUAAUAUGAUUCACAAUUAUAUCAAAGAAAUUGAAGAUCUCAGGGCAAAAUUAUUAGAGAGUGAAGCAGUGAAUGAGAACCUUCGAAAAAGCUUGACAAGAGCCACAGCGAGAUCACCUUACUUCAGUGGACCAUCGUCCUUCUCGCCUACUACCCUGGCCUCAGACAGGGACACCAUUGAAAUUAUAGAUCUAGCUAAGAAAGAUUUAGAAAAGCUCAAGAGGAAAGAAAAGAAGAAGAAGAAAAGGCUACAGAAACUUGAGGAAAACAAUCGAGAAGAAAGAAGUGUGGCUGGUAAAGAGGAUAAUGCAGACACUGAUCAAGAGAAGAAAGAAGAAAAGGGUAUUUCAGAAAGAGAAAACAAUGAAUUAGAAGUGGAAGAAAAUCAAGAAGUAAGUGAUCAUGACGAUGAAGAAGAGGAAGAAGAGGAGGAAGAAGAUGACAUUGAAGGGGGUGAAAGCUCUGAUGAAUCAGAUUCUGAAUCAGAUGAAAAAGCCAAUUAUCAAGCAGACUUAGCAAACAUUACUUGUGAAAUUGCAAUCAAGCAAAAGCUGAUUGAUGAACUGGAAAACAGCCAGAAAAGACUGCAGACACUGAAAAAGCAGUACGAAGAGAAGCUAAUGAUGCUGCAACAUAAAAUUCGGGACACUCAGCUGGAGAGGGACCAAGUGCUUCAGAAUUUAGGCUCAGUGGAAUCUUACUCAGAAGAAAAGGCCAAAAAAGUUAAGUCUGAAUAUGAAAAGAAACUCCAAGCCAUGAAUAAAGAACUGCAGAGACUUCAGGCAGCUCAAAAAGAGCAUGCCAGGUUGCUUAAAAAUCAGUCUCAAUAUGAAAAGCAAUUGAAGAAAUUGCAGCAGGAUGUGAUGGAAAUGAAAAAGACAAAGGUUCGCCUAAUGAAACAAAUGAAAGAGGAACAAGAAAAGGCCAGAUUGACAGAAUCUAGAAGAAACAGAGAGAUUGCUCAGUUGAAAAAAGAUCAACGUAAAAGAGAUCAUCAACUUAGACUUCUGGAAGCCCAAAAAAGAAACCAAGAAGUGGUUCUUCGUCGCAAAACUGAAGAGGUCACAGCUCUUCGUCGGCAAGUAAGACCCAUGUCAGAUAAAGUGGCCGGGAAAGUCACUCGGAAGCUGAGCUCAUCCGACAGCCCUGUUCCGGACACAGGUUCCAGUGCAUCUACUAUAGAAACAGACACAUCCAGAGCAGGGGCUCAGCAGAAAAUGAGAAUUCCUGUGGCAAGAGUGCAGGCCUUACCAACAGUGCCCACGACAAAUGGAACCAGAAAAAAAUAUCAGAGGAAGGGAUUGACUGGCCGCGUGUUUACUUCCAAGACGGCGCGCAUGAAGUGGCAGCUGCUGGAGCGCAGGGUCACUGACAUCAUCAUGCAGAAAAUGACGAUUUCCAACAUGGAGGCUGACAUGAAUCGACUCCUCAAGCAACGGGAAGAACUCACUCGAAGAAGAGAGAAACUUUCAAAAAGAAGGGAAAAGAUGGUGAAGGAGAGUGGAGAGGGAGAUAAAAAUGUGGUUAACAUCAAUGAGGAGAUGGAGUCAUUAAUUGCUAAUAUAGAUUACAUCAAUGACAGUAUUUCUGAUUGUCAAGCCAACAUCAUGCAGAUGGAAGAAGCAAAGGAAGAAGGAGAAACGCUGGAUGUCACUGCGGUCAUUAACGCUUGCACACUCACGGAAGCCCGCUACCUGCUGGGUCACUUCCUGUCAAUGGGCAUCAAUAAGGGUCUUCAGGCUGCCCAGAAGGAGGCUCAGAUCAAAGUACUUGAAGGUCGGCUUAAACAAACUGAAAUAACCAGUGCAACACAAAACCAACUCUUAUUCCAUAUGUUGAAAGAGAAAGCAGAGUUAAAUCCUGAGCUAGAUGCUUUACUAGGCCACGCUUUACAAGAUCUAGAUAGCAUACCAGUAGAAAAUGUAGAGGAUAGUACUGAUGAGGAUGCUCCUUUAAACAGCCCAGGAUCAGAAGGAAGCACACUGUCUUCAGACCUUAUGAAGCUUUGCGGCGAAGUGAAACCUAAAAACAAGGCCCGAAGGAGAACCACCACUCAAAUGGAGUUGCUGUAUGCAGAUAGCAGUGAACUAGCUUCAGACACUAGUACAGGAGACGCUUCCUUGCCUGGCCCUCUUACACCUGUUGCAGAAGGGCAAGAGAUUGGAAUGAAUACAGAGACAAGUGGCACUUCUGCUAGGGAAAAAGAACUCUCUCCCCCAUCUGGCUUCCCUCCUAAGAUAGGCAGCAUUUCCAGACAGCCAGCUCUAUCAGAAAAAAAGCUACCAGAGCCUUCCCCUGUAACCAGGAGAAAGGCAUAUGAGAAAGCAGAAAAAUCAAAGGCCAAGGAGCAAAAACACUCAGAUUCUGGAACCUCAGAGGCUAGUCUUUCACCUCCUUCUUCCCCACCAGGCCGGCCUCGUAAUGAACUGAAUGUUUUUAAUCGUCUCACUGUUUCUCAGGGAAACACAUCAGUUCAGCAGGAUAAGUCUGAUGAAAGUGAUUCCUCUCUGUCGGAGGUACACAGUAGAUCCUCCAGAAGGGGCAUAAUCAACCCAUUUCCUGCUUCGAAAGGAAUCAGAGCUUCUGCACUUCAGUGUGUUCACGUAGCUGAAGGGCACACGAAAGCCGUGCUGUGUGUGGAUUCCACCGACGAUCUCCUCUUCACUGGAUCAAAAGAUCGUACGUGUAAAGUGUGGAAUCUGGUGACCGGACAGGAGAUAAUGUCGCUGGGAGGCCAUCCCAACAAUGUCGUAUCUGUGAAAUACUGUAAUUAUACAAGUCUGGUCUUCACUGUGUCGACAUCUUAUAUUAAGGUGUGGGAUAUCAGAGACUCGGCCAAAUGCAUUCGAACGCUGACAUCUUCAGGCCAAGUUUCCCUUGGAGAUGCUUGUUCUGCAAGUACCAGCCGGACAGUAGCUAUUCCUUCUGGGGAGAACCAGAUCAAUCAGAUUGCACUGAACCCAACUGGCACUUUUCUUUACGCAGCUUCUGGAAAUGCUGUCAGAAUGUGGGAUCUUAAAAGGUUUCAGUCUACGGGAAAGUUAACGGGACACCUGGGCCCUGUCAUGUGCCUUACUGUAGACCAGGUUUCCAGUGGACAAGACCUGAUCGUCACCGGCUCCAAGGACCAUUACAUCAAAAUGUUCGAUGUAACUGAAGGAGCUCUUGGAACCGUGAGUCCCACCCACAAUUUUGAGCCGCCUCAUUAUGAUGGCAUCGAGGCUCUAACCAUACAAGGGGAUAACUUGUUUAGUGGGUCCAGAGAUAAUGGAAUCAAGAAAUGGGACUUAGCACAAAAAGACCUUCUGCAGCAAGUCCCGAAUGCACACAAGGACUGGGUCUGUGCCCUGGGAGUGGUGCCAGGCCAGCCAGGUUUGCUCAGCGGCUGCAGAGGGGGCAUUCUGAAGCUCUGGGACAUGGACACUUUUGUGCCAGUCGGAGAGAUGAAGGGUCAUGAUAGUCCUAUCAAUGCCAUAUGUGUUAAUUCCACCCACAUUUUCACUGCAUCUGAUGAUCGAACUGUGAGAAUUUGGAAGGCUCGCAAUGUACAAGAUGGUCAAAUCUCGGACACGGGAGAUCUGGGGGAAGACAUUGCCAGUAAUUAAGCAUGAAUGAAGAUAGUCAUAAACUGAAUACUGUGAUAAUACUCUGUAUAUUCUUCAUGGAAAAUGUUACCCUAUAUUUAUUAGGCAAAAACUUGUGAAUGGGAUUAACUGGAAAAUAUAUCUGAAUCCAGCUUCUGAAUAUAAGUGUUUUUCUAGUAAAAUUGUGUCCUAUCCUGUGUGCUUAAUACUAACAUCUCUAAGUACAUAAAUGCCCUGUAACUGAUAUACUGCUUGAUUCGCACUUUUAUGGCGGCUGGGUUUUCGUGACUAGCUAUAAAAAAACACUCUCAAAGUAUUUGAAUUAUAAAAUGUCUGCUUUCGUGACAGUCAGAAAAUACACUUGGAAUAGAAAGCAACCCACUGUCAACUCAUUCGUAUAGGCUGUUCAGAUGAUUUACUGUAUUUAAACAUAUCGGAAAUGUUAGUCAAAUCGUAGUCUCUUUGCCUUGUAUUUAUAUCAGUCUGUGGAAGAAUCCCAAAUUUCAAAGCUCUCUUAAUGUAAUGGGAAAAAAUAUCAUGGGAAUAGUGUUGAUGAUUUUUCAUAAGGUGGAAUUGACCUUGAUCUGCUAACAAAGAAUGUUAAACAGUUUGUGUUACAUGUUGACGUUUACUUGUACUGACCAAAGUUUUGCAGCUGUGUUGUAUCCUGUGCUCAGGACUAAAAUGCCGUUACAUUGUUUCGUUAGUGCAUACAUUCUGUGAUGGGAAACUAACAGAAAUAUAUUUUGAUCUAUUUUCCUAUGGAGUUGUUUCUAUGAUCACCUUUUAGUUUGAUUUUUAUUUAAUAGUAGUGUUUCAUUGCCCUUUUACCUAAUUUUUUAUAUGCUGCUAAAUAUAUUUUAAAUACACUAUGUUUGCAAACUUGGUAGCUAUGAUGAAAACUGUGUCUGUGGUGGGAAAAGCUAUGUAAAUAGGUAGAUUGUAAAGAGAGAAUGUCUUACUUUGUAACUGUAUGAAUUUUUAAAUGCUGUAGAUUGGAUUUUACAAAAGGAUGUAUAAUUUUUGUCUGCUCAGAAUAUUAAUUUGUAAAUUCUGCAAGUUUCACUUUUAUUUAGACAGUGUAACAUUUGAAACUGUUGUCUUGUGACUUUCAUUUUUCCUGAAAAUACCUGCUUGUACAUGAAAGCUUAGCUAGGGCUUAAAUAAACAUGUUGCUAUGAAUUA